AAAUGAGAUAAAGUGUUGGAGUAAUGAGAAAUAAAACACAUUUACUAUUUAAAUAUAAAGAUGAAUAAAAAUAAUAAGCUAAUAGAUUCAAAAAAACUAAUGAUCUUCAUAUUUCAAGUUAAUAUUAAUUUAUAUCAAUCAUUAGAACCAAAUACAUUAUUGUUAGAAAACUCUGGUGAAUCUACUGCUAGCAAUUUCUCUAUUGAAAUGUAACCUCAUAAUAAAGGAUUACCAUCUGAAUGGGCUAGUCAAUAUGAAGAUUGUUUAGAUAAAAUAAAAUAAGUUUAAGAAAUUCGUAUAUUAUUAUAUACUAAUUUUUAUAGUUAAGGAACUUUAAGUUCUAGGAUCUAAAAGAUUGAAGAUGUAAUUUGGUGAUGCCACAGCUUUAGAGAAAUUGAUUUAUGAAAACAAUUAAAAGGCUACAUAAGUAUUAUUUAACUAAUUUAUAGAAAAUUAUGGAAUGUGAAAAAUAUACUGAAUUUAUUGCCAAUUAUAGAAGUGAUAACGAAACACCAAGUGAUUAGAGAAGUAUUUCUAUCAUCUUUAUUUAUAGUUCGUAUGAAUAUUAAUAGAGCAUUGGCUUAAUAAAUUUAAGAAUUAACUAAUGCUUUAAGAAAUCAAUAAAAAAGAAUGGUUACUAUGAUUAAAUAAAUUAAUAAAGAUGAUGGAGGUAUCUAUUCAAAAUUAGAAUUAGGAAAUUUCUUAAAAUUAAGUGAAUAAAAAUAACAAGAAAUGAAAGUUGCCGAUGAUGAACUAACAUAAGCAGAAGAACAAAUGUAUGAUGACAUCAUUUCUGAAAGGUUUACUUUAUAUAUCUUAUCUAUUAAUAGAGAUUAAGAAAUCAAUAAACUAGUUACCAUGAUUAAUGAAUUAGCAGAAGUGUUUAAAACAUUAAAUUAAUUGGUUAUUGAUUAAGGUACUAUUUUAGAUAGAAUUGAUUACAAUAUUGAUUAAGCAGUUUUCAAUGUUAAAAAGGCUAAUUAAGAAUUAGUAAAAGUACUACUCUUUUUUAAUUAUUUAAUUAGGCAGAAGCAUAUUAAAAUUCUCCUUUAGCAAAAAGAUGUAUUGUAAUACUUAUAAUUAUGAUUGCUAUUUGCAGUGUUUUAUUGACCAUAAAAUAUUCAAGUUGA